UCCGACCAGGGCUGGCCUUUUGGAAGGCGUCUUAAACAGCCAGACCAGGGAGACCACCAUGACUGAGAACUCUACAUCUACUCCUGCGGCUAAGCCUAAGCGGUCUAAGGCCUCCAAGAAGUCCACAGACCACCCCAAGUAUUCAGACAUGAUCGUGGCUGCCAUCCAGGCGGAGAAGAACCGCGCUGGCUCCUCGCGCCAAUCUAUCCAGAAGUAUAUCAAGAGUCACUACAAGGUGGGUGAGAACGCCGACUCGCAGAUCAAGUUGUCCAUCAAGCGUCUGGUCACCACUGGUGUCCUCAAGCAGACCAAAGGGGUGGGUGCCUCGGGGUCGUUCCGGCUGGCCAAGAGUGAUGAGCCCAAGAAGUCUGUGGCCUUCAAGAAGACCAAGAAGGAAGUGAAGAAGGUGGCCACGCCAAAGAAGGCAGCCAAGCCCAAGAAGGCUGCAGCUUCCAAGGCCCCAAGCAAGAAACCCAAAGCCACCCCAGUCAAGAAGGCCAAGAAGAAGCCGGCUGCCACGCCCAAGAAAGCCAAAAAACCCAAGACUGUCAAAGCCAAGCCAGUCAAAGUAUCCAAGCCCAAGAAGGCCAAAUCGGUGAAGCCCAAAGCAAAGUCCAGUGCCAAGAGGGCCGGCAAGAAGAAGUGACAAUGAAGUCUUUUCUUGUGGACACUCCUGUCUAUUUUCUGUAAAUAGUUUUCUUUUUUUCCCCCCUCUUAAUUCUCAUCUGCAGUCCCGUUUAUUCUGACUUUAAGGGACAGGAUUUGGAUUCCUCAGAAAUUACCGAAUAAUUCGUUUUUCCUUAACCUUAAGGACAGCAACAGCAUCUCAUCUCUGUAAUGAUGGGAAUGUACUUAUACUUUGUUUUGUUAUUAAUCUACUUAUGGGGCUAGGGAUUUUGGUGGGCUUGUGUGUUUUGUUUUGUCCAAUCAUUUGUUUUUUUAUGAAGGUACAUGGGGGAGGAGAGAACAGGCAAGGCAGUUUGUUCUGGCUAGAGGAGAGUGAGACCAGGAAUUGUGAAGUAGUAGGAAUAUCUUUAAAGCCAGAGAGCUUUCUUUAAAUUGGACACCCCUCUGGGUUUCAGAACCUUUGGCGAGAAGAGAGAGUUGGCAGCAGCUAUCCUGAAAAAGGGAGGUAGAAGAAAAAAAGCAAGGUCUCCUGGGCGGACUUCCAUCUCCCAGUUGGUGAGCAGUUGGGGGGGGGCGUCCAAACCCAGUUUCCUUCUCACUUCUGUUGGUCUGCCCUUGUGGCCUAUUGUCUUGGGGAAGGGGCUGGGGCAGUGGAGGCAAAGUGACAGCUGGUUAGAAGCAGCUUCUCCCACUCAGCUAGGUACUGGCCAUUGGGGGCUCUUUGUGGCUUGGGCAAAGUCUUGUUAACCGGGAAUGGAAACUUUGGGGGAAGAGUGGGGAAUCAGUCAGCCAAGUGCCUCAGUAUGCCCUGUUGAAACUUGGGUUUUUCCACACACUUGACGGAUUGUGUUCCAGGAAGAUUUCCUUUAGUUUUUUUGCUACUCCCAUAGAAGAAACGGGUGGCUUUGCUUGGUCUGGUGAGGCUCCAGUCCCACCAGUAGCCACUUAAAAACCUCCUUGACCCCUUUUUACUUCUGAAUCUUUUAUAAGUAGUUGUAGCUGGGGAAGGGAGUGGACAGCAAGAUACUGCAGUCGAUUUUGAAUUUGCUAAGUAGUUUUACUGAGCUAGUCUGUGAGUGUAUGCACUCACAUAUAUGUAAUAUAUAUGCAUAUCUAGGGCUAGUACUUAACGUUUCACGCCCAGGAGCUGUGAGAAAAAACCUG